AUGGCUCAGGCGUUAAGGGAUCCAAAUUUCCGAAAGGCGAUGUCGGAAGAGAUUGAUGCUCAAAUGCGCCAUCACACAUGGGAUUUAGAGAAACCGCCACCAUCCAAACAAGUGAUACCCUCUAAGUGGAUAUUUACACUUAAAUAUAAUCCUGAUGGUUCUAUUGCAAGGUACAAGGCGAGACUUGUUGCGAGGGGGUUCAACCAACAAUAUGGUGUGGAUUAUGCGGAAACCUUCAGUCCUGUUAUCAAAUCAACAACAGUUCGGCUGGUCCUUGAGGUUGCGGUCAAGAAGAACUGGAGCAUACAUCAAGUUGAUAUUAAUAACGCCUUUCUCCAAGACGAUAUCAUUAUUGCCGGUCCACCCUCCUUGGUUCAACCAUUCAAUGUGUCCAUCGCCGCUCAUUUCUCUCUCAAGGAUUUGGGUCCUCUUAGUUAUUUUUUGGGGAUCGAGGCUACUCGCUCACGCCAAGGGUUACACCUUAUGCAGCGGAAGUAUGUCACAGAACUGUUGGCUCGUACUAACAUGUUUGGUGUAAAACCAGUAGCUACUCCAAUGGCUCAGUCACCUAAGCUCACUCUUCACUCCGGAACACCGCUGGUUGAUGCUACGCAUUAUCGGAAGGUCGUUGGGAGUCUCCAGUAUUUAUCAUUUACUCGCCCCGACAUUGCCUUCGCCAUUAAUCGGCUCUCUCAAUACAUGCAUCAACCAACGACGGAUCAUUGGCAGGCUAUCAAAAGAGUUAUUCGUUAUUUGGUAGGAACGACGACACAUGGGAUUUUUCUCCGCUCAGAUUGUCCCCACACAAUCCAUGCUUACUCUGAUACGGAUUGGGGAGGUGAUGUUGGUGAUUGUUUGUCUACAAAUGGGUAUAUUGUUUACCUUGGCGGCAGUCCAAUCUCGUGGAGUUCGAAGAAACAACGAAGCGUAGCUCGAUCUUCAACGGAGGCAGAAUAUCGUGCCAUCGCCAAUGCUGCCUCUAAACUACAAUGGAUUUGUUCUCUUUUAUCGGAGAUGGGAGUCAUGUUACCGGUUGCACCAGUUGUUUACUCCGACAACAUGGGUGCGACGUAUCUAUGUGCAAAUCCAGUCUUCCACUCUCGAAUGAAACACAUUGCACUUGACUAUCAUUUCGUUCGUGGUCAUAUACAAUCUGGUGCUCUUCGUGUCUCACAUAUCUCUACACAUGAUUAG